GAACUCGGGAAAAAAGGAGGACAAACUUUGUGUGAAUGAUACGAAGAUGCAUUUAGUUGAACUCAGGUGUUCAAAUGGUAUGUUGCGUUUGCAUUUUAGUCGCGUCAGAAUUUUGUGUAUAUAUUUGAAAAUGAGUGCAAUUUUCAUUGUAUGGUGUUAAGCGGACGAUGAUGAGAGAAUUUCUCGUUUCUUGUUGGAAUUUUUGAUUCAUAUUUUCGAUAUUGCACUAGCGUGUCGCGUGAAGGUGUUAAACGUUGUGGAAAAAUUAUUUUGUUACUAAAUCGUUGUUAAUAAAUUGCAUCACAAUUAACUGCUUCGGUGAAUGAAAAGUCGGUGCAACAAAAAAAAAAGUGGAUUAAUGUUUCGUGUUCUGUGAAUUGGAUUCGUUUGUCUGGUCGAAUUGCAGUUGAAAAUAAAUUGAAUUGAAUGUGAAUUUUCUUAAGGUCUGCGAGUUGUAUACACUAAACCUAGCACAAAAACUGUGUGCAUCGUUGAGUGUAAUUAUGUGUUUAUGAUAUUUUAUGCAAUAAAUGCGUAAAAUUAAGAGUUUUCGUGGAAUAAAAGAGUAAAAAAAAGAAUCGAGAGAAUUUUCGUGGUUUCUCGGGAACCAAGUCAAUGUGUGACAGUUUUAGUGAAAUAAUUGAAUCAUGGAAGGAUCAGGGUAUGGCUCAGCUCAUUUACCAUCUCCAGCCUUAGUUGUAUUCUCACAAGCCGCGGGAGGAUUAAGCGAAGCAUUGCGCAUACAAAGACCUUUUCAUUCACAGUUGCAAGAUGCAAAAGACUUGCAUCAUUUGUCGCUGGUUGGAAGUUAUGGAGCUCACCUAUUGCACGGCUUUCCGCCACAUUUUCUACAUCCAGCAGUUUCAUCAGCAAACACAUCGGGUGGCCCAUUUAGUGGCGGGGGUGCAUUUGUGAAACCGUUUCCAUCUAGUUUACCACUUCCAUCUGCAUUUGCACCUCCGAAAUGUGUUGGUGGUCUAGAACAGAAUAUGCUGUUUAGUGGAAAUGAAUCAUUUCGAACGGAUUCGUCAAGUCCAGCGUGCACUUCACUUUCACCGCCGGUGAAAGAGGAAUCAUUAGAGGGCCACACAAGUGAGGAGGGUGAUAGAGACCGAAUAUGUAGCCCCGAUCGAAGUCCCGAAGCUCCAGGAUUCAGACCCCCGAAAACAUCGAAUGGGGCAGAACCGCUCAACUUACGCAUGGAGAGCGGUCACUCAAUGUAUCGAUUUCCAUUUUAUAAUUCGUUCAAGAAUUUUCAUCAACAUCAAUCAGAUUUUCUAAAAUGCAUUUCAGGCAUGCCAGUUAAGAAACCAUCGAUAGGAACACCGCCGCCAAACACUUGUCCCGUCUGUGGAAUUCAACUAAAUGUAAAUGAGUUAGAGGCACACUUUUUAACCGAAUUAGAUCGACUAUAUAAGUUAAGUAAUGGCUCCGAACGGCAGCGACUGCGUGCUAAUUUUAAUAUGACGUCCGGAAUGCAUCCUACCAACGGCAUUUUACAAGGUCCGGAUAGUCGAUGGGAGACGUUUCAACGGAUACGAACGAAUCGUCAGGGACGUUUGAGGGCCAAAACGCGCAAAAGGAAAAGUGAUUCAGAGUCGGAAUUCACAGAACAGUUACGUAAUUCUCAGUGUCAGUCUUGUCCUGUUUGCCAUGGUCGUUUACAGCGUACACCCGAAGAAAUAUCACAACACGUUGAAGAAUGUAUUCGCAAAAAUGGUCAAAGACGUGAGGAAGAAGAUGAAACUGUUGAUGUCGAAAGUUACGGGGAUGAGACAUCGAAUACUGCAGUUAAUUUGGUGUCCCAAAACAAUAAUAAUUCGAAAAUCGAAUCGGCUCAGUCAUCACCAACGACACACAUACGUGGGGAGGAGCAUAUGAUAACAUCGGUCACCAAUCCAUGGGACAGAAAGCACAGAAUUCCAAUGAUGAUCAGUAACAACAACAAUAACUGUGUCGGCACACCCAUGACGAAUGUAUCACGUGCCACACCGACCAGCAGUGAUCAGAUAUCAGAUUACGAAGAACAAAAUAGGGAUAAGACUCAAGAUCUAGAAAAUGAAGAGGAAUUGAUUGUGGAUAAUACGGACGAUGAGGAUUGCAUUAAGAAGAGCCGAAAUUGUGAUAAAAUUACAAGUAAAAAUAGCUCCGAAGAAGCGACAUCGUCGAUGGAAAUCGAUUCAGUGUCAGCGACCGAAUCGAAUGCACAUAAGAUCAUCGCUCCCACUCCUGAUUCGUACGUGAGCACAUCGGAACCGGCUGAACCAACAUCACGGGCACAGGUUCUUGAAGAGUUGCGCGCAAGGAUCAGAGAACUGGAAGGAUCGCCAUUCAAAGUGCGAAGCAGUCAGGACGAAGAGAACUACAAAUGUUAUAUAUGUAAGGAAUCAUACUCAUCUCCAGUGAUAUCAACAAACUGUUGGCACGUUCAUUGUAACGACUGUUGGAUAACGUUAUCGGAUUCCAAAAAAUCAUGUCCUCAAUGUAAAACUUUAACAAACUCUAACGAGCUUCGAAAAAUUCAUGUAUAAAAUAAAAUGCGAUUUCGAUUAAUUCAAAUUCAUUUAUUAAUUAACAUAAAAAAAAAUUAAAAUAGACGUGAUAUCAACAAAUCCAUUCAAAUUACUACCGAUUAAAACUCCACACUCUCUAAAACAUAUUUAUUGUAAAUAAUUGGAACGAGAAUACGAAGAGGAAGUUUAAAAUAAUUUCAAAAACUUUGUGCAAUAAAAAAACAAUUAUUUUUUGAAGUAAUCUUAAAUAAGUUUGUGCGCCGCAAAGAGACUCAACAUUUUUUUUCUUUAUCGAAAUUUCAUUUAAAUUAAUUUAAAUUAAACAAAAUCGUGAAGCAUACCGGGGAAAUUCCUAUAAUUUGUUCU